AUGUUUUCCGGACAACCUUUGUUCACGGGCACUGAGACGUGCUCCGGUGGAGCCGCGCAGCACAAGGUGGAGUACGGCAUCUUCAAGGUCGAUCCCGAGGCGAAGACCGUCAAGCUGUCGCUCAGAGGGGCAGAGAUUCUCAAGGAGUUGGACGAGAAGGAGAAGAACUCGCUCCACCGCCUGGAAGGGUGCACGUGGCACCCUGAGUACGGGAGCUGGAUGGUCGAGGCGACGCCGAGGGGACCAUUCUCGGGCUACGCGGCAGACCUCGUCAGGGUGGAGCGCAAUAUGCGCCUCCGCCGCAAGCGUAUUCUGAGCGUCCUCCGGCCCGGCGAGGUAGCCCCGACGAUGACCUGCUUCCCACUCAUGGGGGUGGGCGACUUUGUAGCCUCAUCCGCCGUCCCCCCGUCCGCCUCCGACUCGAGCGAGAGACCGUCCUCGAGGUGGCACGUUCGGGGACCUGUGGCGAACUCCGCGUACAUCCCUGACGUCGUGAUUAACCCGCACCCGCGGUUCGGAGCCCUGACGAAAAACAUUCGGGCGAGGCGCGGCAACAACGUCGACAUCCGCAUCCCACUGUUUCGCGACGAGAACACGCCGGAGUUCCAUGGCGGAGAGGCGGCUCUUCCCCCCCCCCCAGGCGCUGCCCCCCCCGCGGCGUGCCCCAUCAACCCCACCCAAGGGCUAGAAAAGGCGCACGGUCCCCAUGUGCACAUGGAUGCCAUGGCCUUCGGCAUGGGCUGCUGCUGUCUGCAGGUUACCUUUCAGGCUCGAGACGUAGACGAGUCACGGUACAUGUACGACCAGCUUGCGGUGCUGAGCCCGGUGAUGCUGGCUCUCACCGCGGCGACGCCGAUCCUGAAGGGCCGCCUGGUGGACACGGACGUGAGAUGGGACACCAUCGCGACCUCCGUGGAUGACCGCACGCCUGCCGAGCGGGGCUUGCUCGACGCCGACCCGGCGGCCAAGGAGGCGGCCAGGGACCCUAGUAUGGUCGGUGACGGCGUGGCCCGGCUGUACAAGAGCCGGUACGACAGCAUCUCCAGCUACCUGCACUACUGCAAGAGGAGGGAAGAGAACCCCAUGCACGUGCUCGAGACGUACAACGACAUCCCGUGCGAGGUCGACAAGGGAGCCGAGAGCUUCCUCGUGGAGAACGGAGUGGACCGAGCCCUCGCCUUUCACGUCGCUCACCUCUUCGCAAGGGAUCCUCUGGUGAUCUUCGACGGCGCGGUGGAGGAGGUGGACGACACGACGGCCACGGAGCACUUCGAGAACAUACAGUCCACCAACUGGCAGACCGUGCGCUGGAAGCCGCCCCCGCCCAGAGAGAACGAGGACUCCCCAAGAAUCGGUUGGAGGACGGAGUUCCGGUCCAUGGAGAUGCAGACCACCGACGCGGAGAACGCGGCGUUCACGGUGUUCGUGGUGCUGGUGACGAGGGUCAUCCUGGCGUUCGACCUCAACCUCUACAUCCCUCUGAGCAAGUUCUGGUGGCGAAUGCACAUGGCCCCUCCCGACAACGCUAAAGCGGCGGCGGCGAACCACAGCGGUGCCGGCGAAGAAAACGGCCACGGCAAGGGCGAUGAUAGCGGCACCGGUGCACCAAUGUCACACCCCUGUGAAGAAAGCCACGGUGGCGACGGUGGCACCUCUUCUGCCGUCGAUCAAGAACACAAGGCGUGCGACGUACACGCGCAAGGGCACGAGGAGAUGACGAUUGAGGAGAUCAUGCUGGGGAAGGGCGACUACUACCCUGGCCUCGUCCCCCUUGUCUACGCCUACCUGGGACACAUCGGGUGUGAUGCUGCGACGAUGGAUACGGUCGAUCAGUACAUGAUCCUGAUUUGCAAGCGCGCCAGCGGAGAGCUCAAGACGUCCGCGUCCUGGAUCCGCGACUUCGUACACGAGCACCCGGCGUACAAGCAGGACUCGGUCGUGUCAGAGGAGAUCGCACACGACCUUGUCAUGGAGCUGAGAGCAAUUGGGGAGGGAGAGAAGCACGCACCGUCGCUGCUUGGCGGUUUGCACAUCAGUCCGAUCAGACCCAAGCAGGCCUACGACGUGCCGCUUUCCUCCACCAAGGUGUCGGGCUCCUGCCUGGCGUUCCUCGUCAAGAAGUACACCAUGAGGGACCGGUGGACCGAGCGCGACCGACAGCUCAACGCCACGCUGACCGAGAAAACCACCCAGACUCCGCCCUCUACCCCCGAAUCGAUGCCUCGAGGAGACAGCACUACCAGCUCCUCGAGCGCCGCCUCGCAAGUAGGCCCGCUGAUAUCCUUGUCUGGCUCGGGAGACCCCACCGCCGGGGCCGCCGCGGCCGGCGUCAAAGGCGGCGGCGGCGGCGGCGGCGGCAAGCUCGAUUCCCCCGGGCUGCGAGCGACUCGCGAGACCUCCAUGUCGUACUACUGAGGAAUUUUCUUCGGUGGGUGGGUGGGUGAAUAUCGCUCCGGUUUUUGAUCUGUUUACGAACAAAGCGUCGAGGUAUCCUCGCAUCCCGUGGUGGAUGGUCGAGUUCGUGGACAAAAAAAGUCCCAGCAAUCUCAUGCCGGUAAGAGUUGGAAAACGCGUGUCCGUGAGUGUAAAUUUCUUGGAGGUUAUCUGAUGUGAGGGCAAGACUACUGCUGUCGUUGAAGCCCUUCUCGAGAUAACGACAUGGGUACGUAUACCCCCGCGAGAGGGAACCUUCUGCGUGCCCCCCGGAUCGUAGCUGUCUCAGUGGAGAACGUACCCUAGGCACAUUCGGCCAGAGCAGCAGAAGAGUUAGAUGGCAUAAAGUCCCCUCAGUUUUCUUAUUGUUUGUGGGCGUUGCUUGUGGUGUGGGGCGUGGUUUUCCCGCUGGGGGAGGGGAUUCCGCUUCCUCCGUUUUGUGGCGCGGGGGGGGGGGCGGGCGGUUGGACUUGUUGCAUAACAGACGUAAAUUUGCGGUGCCGAUGGCGAGUAGAAUGGUUUGGAGCUGGAAGCACCACAACCAUGGUGGUUCGCGUUCUCCUAACGAGCGGACAGCCAAACGUCGCACCAUAGAUGUUUAGUAGGAGUAGUCCACAUAUGCCGUGUCUCCCCAUGUCAUGCAUGCAACACUUGAAGGUCGUUCCGGGGUCACGGCAAUACGUUUGGUCGCUAGGGUGCUAAAUAGCGUGUUGUUUUGCCCGUGGGAGGGGCAACUGCACGGCCAUGAGAAUAAUUUACCUCGCCUCGUUAGCGCGGUAGAGCCUUGUGGCACCCUUGGUAUCCUCUGCAUCGGUACUUUGCCACCCUUUUGGGUGCAAAAUCAACCAAUCUUGGUGCGAAUCCCCUGGGCUACUCGGUUGGAGAUGAAAAACGUAAUGCCGGCAUAUGUCCAAAGGAGGUGUCGAAUACUCCAUGGUCUAGAGCAGGAGCACCCACGACUUCUAUAGGCGGCCCGACGGGGAUGACUUGGUGUUUCCGUGUCAACAAUUUUUUCCGCGGUCGCUUUAUACAUGUGCGGAACAGGAGGUGAUUGGUUGAACGGAUGAAAUCAUAUUUGUAUUUUAUUGAUGAGGUUCGCGUUGGAUUGAGUACCAAGAUGUUGGAAAUGACAUGACAGAGAGUGACAAGUUCGCGCAAACGAUGUGGCGAUGCGCUCUCAGGGGCUACAGGGGGUAACAGGGACGGCUUGCUGCUUAAUCUCCUACGUGGUGCUCCUUGCGUGGUUCGACAUGAUACAUUUUCGGGACAUAGGCCUCGAAAUACUGGUCGGGAUCUUGGAAAAUAGUACCAAGGAAAUAGUUUAUUCAGUUGACGCGGUUGAAACGCUGGAUACGAUCUUGUACGUGGGGGACAGGAAGCCAGAUUUUGUUGUUUGUUUUUGCCGGAGUGAACGGGGGCUCGGCCUACAAUUGACGUAGGCGCCGUGGUGGUGUGAGUUGCGGAGCUCUUGUUCAUGAUGGGGUGGGGUUAGCGGUGACCGUCAUCGAUAUGGCCUCUAGAUUGCCUGACGUUUUCUUGCGUAUGCACGGCUGCCUUCCAGGGCAGCGUUUAAGGACGAGGCAAAUCUCAACCAUUGAGUGUUGACUUGUCUGGGGAGAGACAAUUUGAAAAGGAUCAACCGGGUCGCGGGAGGCGUUGAACGUUUCAAUGGCGCUUAGAACUGCUCCUGCGGUGCCCAUCAUGAAAAUGUUGGGUUGUUGGUGGCGUCGGACUGUAGGCCCAACAACCUCGUUUCUUUGUGCAAAGUCGUUAGUAGACUAAGUAUGGGAGACAUGGGUGCUUUUGAUAAUACAUGCUUGAAUUGCUGACGGCUUCUAGUGAAGAGUUCAUCUCAAAUGCCAGCGAUGAUGUCGUGAUGAUGUUACCGCUCGCGAGACUGCUGGUACUCGAGAAGAAAGCGCCCGAGGGAGGGCGGCUGAUGCUGUUGAGCCAGUUUCGCUUUACUUCACAAAAUCAAGGCAAUACAGUGGUAUUCUCGGGUAAAUACAUGUAGUCUGCUGUGUGGAUCCCCGCAGCUCUUGCUGGGGAAAGAGAAGGAAGGCCUGUGUCGGUGGGGUAUUUUGUAGGAAGGACAUCGAGAGCGGCGGCGGGUAAACGUAAACAUCCACUUUAUUUCUAUUUUAUUAUUUGUCCAUCUAGAUGGCUAGUGUAGUGUUGCGUCGAUCACAAUCAAUGAGAGUUCUGUGGAAGUAUUUUGAGAAAGGGCAUUUGUUUUACUAGUCGAUAUGUGUGGCCGGAAGACUAACAGAAGUUCAACUUGUCC